CAUGCUCGCUCUCAGCUCGGCUCUCUUUCUUCAGUUGCUGCCAAAGGAGGAGGAGGAGGAGGAGGAGAAGAAGAAGAAGAAGUGAGGCUGGGAGGAACCGAUACACACAUACAGAUAGAAAACAGAAAGAGACCAGCCUCUGACUGCUUACCUCUUGCCUCUGCCUGGCUGCCUGUGUGGGGGACUGGAGGCAGGCUGAAGAGAGACCGACUCUUCUUAGCUGUGACCCUCACAGCUAUCUUUUCUGCUGACUUCUACUUCAUCCUCCUGCCAAAACUACGCAGCAUGGGUCAAGGAUCAAGACAGUUCUGCUCAUGUGGUUCCAGUAACCUCACCCUCCCCUGGCAGGGGGGCCUCGCCACACCGCGUCUCUCCAACUGGACCUCUGUGCUGUCCCUGGAGGGUACUACAACUGACCCCACAGAUGGGGGCUCAAAGCUGGAGAGGCUGUUUGCUCAUCCUCUGUACAACAUCGAGACUCCAGCACUGGGGCCGGAGGAGAGGCUGCUGCAGGUGGAGCAGCUGGUAGAGUACUACAGGAGGAAGGUGUCCCACUGGGAAAGAUAUCAGAAACUCUACAGUAAGGCAGUAGCUGUCUCCAACGUCACUGUGAUCGAACAUGAGGUGACCUUUGACCCUGGCGCCAGCUGGCUGAAGUUCCACCUGGGAAUAAACCGCUAUGCUCUGUACUCCCGCAAUGACCCUGCUAUCCCUCAACUCCUCAAGGACAUGCAGAACAUGACGGUAGUCAGCGCAGAUUACACUCAAGAUGAGAAAGCCCUAAAAGGAGAGUGUGAUUGCACCCAAGUGGUGAAACCCAGUGGACAUCAUCUGAAACUGGCUCUGAAAAUGCAUAACUUGGCCAAGGCCAUGUUCAAACCAAUGAGGCAGCAGAGAGAAGAGGAGACCCCAGAGGACUUCUUCUACUUUGUCGACUUGCAGCGACACAACGCAGAGAUCGCUGCCUUUCACCUGGACAGGGUGCUGGACUUCCGGAGGGUCCCACCGGUGACUGGCAGGCUGGUGAAUGUCACAGGAGAAAUCCUGCAAGUCACCCACAAUGAAGACCUACGAGCUGUCUUCUUCACCUCACCAGCGAACAACACGUGUUUCUUUGCCAAGUGCCUGUAUGUGUGUAAGACAGAAUAUGCGGUGUGUGGGAGCCCCGACCUGCUGGAGGGGUCCUUGUCUGCCUACCUGCCCGGCCUCAGCAUCGGUCCCCGCAUCUCCAUCCCCAACCCUUGGAUACGAUCGUACACCUUCACCGGACGAGAAGAGUGGGAAGUGAAUCCCUUCUACUGUGACACCAUAAAGCAGAUGUAUCCGUAUAACUCAGGCAACAGGCUGCUCAACAUCAUUGACAUGUCCAUCUUCGACUUCCUUACGGGCAACAUGGACAGACAUCACUAUGAGAUUUUCACCAAGUUUGGGGAUGAAGGAUUCCUCCUCCACUUGGACAAUGCCAGAGGGUUUGGGAAGCACUCUCAAGAUGAGAUGUCCAUCCUGGCGCCGCUGUCUCAGUGCUGCAUGAUAAAGCACUCCACACUGCUGCGGCUCCACCUCCUGGCUCGGCCAGAGUUUCGGCUCAGCGAUGUGAUGAGGGAGUCCCUGCAGGGCGACCCUUUGCGGCCGGUCCUGACGGAGCCUCACCUCCUAGCGCUGGACCGCAGGUUACAGAAGGUCCUCCGAAUGGUGCAGCACUGCAUCCGGAGGCUGGGCAGGGAUGAGGUGGUUACCAAGGACUUUGUCAAAUCCACAGCAAGAUCACAGACUCCCACAGAUGCAAAGAAGGACAGGUAGCACAGGAUGAAAUGUGUCGGCCCUCUCUGUACCACAGAAAACUUCAUGAUGAAACACAGUCAGCUUGUGAGCCAACAAGGAUCAGAUGGAUUUGAUUUAAGGAACGCUGAAAUCUUCAGCAGGGAGGAAUCUCAUUGUGGAGGUUCAGAACUUGAAGCACUACAGGCCUCAGAUUCCACAGAUGGAGCCAAGCUUAUUUCCUUGUUUCUUUAAUAAUCAUAGAUCCAUGCGCACAUAGAUUUGGGUGGUUGGAGAACUAGACAUUUAAAUCAUUAAUUAAAGACCGGUUUCACCAGAACAAAUUAGCUAGGAGAGUCAAAACUAAGUAUCAAGGAGUACAAGAGAUUUCAUUCAUAGAUGAAGCAGUAGGCACUUUCUCACUGUCAUACACAUAAUCAGCAAUGAAAUCAAGUUAAUGACAUUCUUCAUGCGAGAGAGCAAUGAUACACUGAGUCAGUCGUUUAUUACAUGAAUGCUGGUGAACAUCGUGACUGUAGGAAGAAAUAUGUCCAUGAGAUGUGGCAAUUCUGAAAUAAAGUUACUCUAUGUGAUGACAAAUAACAGAAGUGUAAGUUGCUGUGUGUGUGUGUGUGUGUGUGUGAGUGUGAGAGAGAGAAAAGUGCCACCUAUUAAACAGCCAUUUAGUUUACUCCACCCCGUUUUCCAGACUUGUAAUCCUCCCAUCUCAUCUAAGUGUUUAAAAAGCUUUACAUCAUGGUCAACUAAAACCAGCUGAUACAGAAAUAGUAAGCACAAAGCAACUAACAAAUGUGUGUCAUAACAUCCCACCUCAAUAAUUCUAAACCAAGCCAACAUUCCUCAGUUUUCAACUUGUUUUCCUCUGUGAACAUGUCUGAGCUUUGGUUUCUGUUAUUCUCUUUGUUCUUAUCCAACCAACUAAUAUGUUCCAGUUCUCUGUACAUGAUGUCAAGGAAGACAAAAAAACCACAGCUCCUUUUUAGGAGAUUUUAAGAAUUGGUUAAUGCUGUCAAAUACAGUCAGACAAUGGCCAUGAAUCUUUUCUGAGCAGCGUCAUGUCGCCCCCUAGUGGACACAGGUCAUAGAUCUUUUCGUACAUGCCACCUGUUCUCUAGCCUCAGUCAGUUUAACCCAGUUUUUGCCUUCCACACCCAACAUUGAUGAGAUUAGACUGAAAAUGUUAGUGGAUUCAUUGAUUACUCAACUGACAGAAAAAGAAACACUAAUUUGAAAAUCUAUUCAUGUUUUAAGUCACUUUUGCAGGCAUGAAUAAACAGCUUUCCAAUUGUGAAUAUAUUCUGCCUUUCUCUUCUAUAUAUGCUUCCAAAAUAUAAAAUAU